AUGAUAAAGAAAUUUAGUACUGUGGAGGGAAUAUCAGCAAUUCCCAAUUCAUCCGAUGAUAACUACGUGGCUCAACAAGACCAGAUGGUUGAUUACAAAACUGCAGGAGACGUAGGAAAGGUUACGGAGAUAAGGGAGAAUGUAGCACAUGCAGUGGAGAAAGUUGGAGUGGCUGAGAAGGUAUCUGCUAAGAUGGCUGACAAGCUUCCCAGCCAUGGAAACUUAAAGAUACAGCUCUGUUAUUUGAAAGUGGAUGAACUGAAGCAGGAAGUGUCGGAGACAGUGUCUGAGCCAUUUAAGUAUCCGGAAAAGCUGCUGGACAAAGAAGAUAACAGAGAAUGUUGGAUGUCGUGCUUCAGAAAUCACAAAAUUCAAAUACAAAAGCCAAUUUCUAGGAAAUCAAAGGUUGGAAAUUCUCAGCACCACCCUGGAACUGCUCUAUGCAAGAAAUCCAAAGAUGUACGUGUAGACAAAUUUGAAGCAGUGGUGGAGACAGCAGAUCGUGUUGCAGACAUUGUAGAAGAGGUGGCUGAGGAGGUGGGGAAGGUAGCUGAAGAAGUUGCCGAUCAUCUGCCUGAAGGUGGAAACCUUGAACAAGUGGCCACAUUUGUUGAAAACGUAGCGAAAGAAACAGCAAAGGAUGCUAAUCUAGUUGAUGAAUUAAUUGAAAAGGUUGAAGAACUGGGAAACGAGGUGGAGUCUGUCGUUGAACAAGACACGGAGAACGCCAACGGAAUUUCCAAAGAAGCAAAAGACUAA